CGGAUAUUUCCGGUCAUAUUGCAGCUUCUUCCUGUUGUACGUUUAGCGGCUGCUCCGCCACAGACUGUCCGUUAAAAAGCCGCGGCAGGGCCACAAUAUUUAGUGUCUGGGUGAUAUGAGUCUGGAUCUGAGGCGGUUUUAGAGUUGGGACCAGGUGUGUACCAGCCGCUCCAGGAGGCCAUGGAUGAGCCGUUAGCAGCCAGCCCCUGUUCGUCUGACGCGGACAGUCCCGGAGGUCUGAACCGAGGAUGUCUGCUCAACCCCGCAGACCUUCUGUACCAUGAUCUGUCCAUCAUUGUCCCAGAAACACCCAGUCCACAGCUCAGCAAACGGAGGAGACGCAGUCGAAUCACGGAGGAACAUCUCAGCCCUGUGGCAGUCAGGGGCUCCGCAGGACCUGAGCAUCCCGCCAGCAGAGAAGCAGGUUUCUCAUGUAAAUCCAAACGCAGGCGGUUGGCAGCAGUGAUGGGAGAGCAGAGCAUUGGCGUUGUUCCUGCUUCAGUUCCUCUUAGGACUUUUCCUCUGGACAGCUGGCUGGAGGCCCCGCUGUCCACUGCAUCCUCUUCCUCCUCCUCCUCCUCCUCCUACCUCACUCCAGCAUCAGAGGAGGAGGUGGAUGAGGUGUCUUUGACUGUGGCGGGCUCCACAGUAGAAGCCAGUCCUGUUUCUGUCAGUCGGACGAGGAGGCAAAGUCCAACGGCGGUUUCAGCUUCACCUUCACCCCCACCCCCCUCUGACUCUCUGUCCUUCCUGACAGCAGAGGAGAGGAGAUGGCUGAACGCCGAACAAGGACACACCUCAGCAGCAGCAGCGGAGGAGAUUAUCAUCAGUGACGAUGAGGAGGCCGCGGUUCGCUCGGCACAGAUGGAGGAAGACGAGGUGUUGGCCCGGAGCCUGCAGGCCCAGUUUGACCGAGAGGAGGCCGAGUCACAUGGCAGACACCAGCACCACCAUCAUCUUCAUCAGCAGAGCCACCACAUGUAUCAUCCCUUCAUGCAGCCCAGCUGGAUGUCUCAUGUUCUCGCUGCGGUCUCUCCUCCAGCCGCCUUUGAACACGAUCUGAUUGGUCAACGCAGGAGACAUGGGCGGAGCAGAAGGAGGAACGCCAUGCCUGAUUUUUCAGAGGACCUUCAGGGAAAUGAUUAUGAGGUUCUUCUGGAGUUUGAGGAACGUCAAGGCGCCGUCGUGUCCAAGAAGUUGAGUCGGAGGGAAAUCCAGAGGUUUCCCACCAAAACCUUCCAGUCUGCCAACAGCGCCGGGAACACCCAGUGUCAGAUCUGUUUCUGUGACUACACUGAUGGGGAGAAGCUGAGGAUGUUGCCAUGUUUCCAUGACUACCACGUCCAGUGUAUUGACCGAUGGUUAAAGGAUAACACCACCUGUCCAAUCUGCAGGGCUAACCUGGCUGACAGGGACUCCCUGGCCCCUCCAACCCUCUGACCUCUGACCCUGGCGUCUUACUUGAAGACUUGAGUCUCACUGUAGUUUGUGUUUGAUGAAGAAAAUUUCAUCAACUCGGCUUUUUUUUAUACUUUUAUUUAACCUUUUUCGCUCAGAACUGAAUUAAAACAAUAAAACAUCGAAGCU